CGGUACAUAUAAUACGUUUAUACUACAUUAGUAAAGCUGCUUUGGUGAAAAUGUAAGAAAUAAUUAUUGAAGUUAAAGGUAAAAGCAGAAAUAUUUGCAUAUUUCUCUCUCUCUCUCUUUUUUUUUUUUAGUUUUGUCCAGUGAGAGAACAUUUGUUUUGUGUAAGUUUUCUGUCUUUGACAGGAAUGUGGACAUUCUCGGCUGCCGUAAGAGGACAGUUCAUGCGUCGUGUCUUCUGACAGCCAAUCAGCUUGCUGUGUGCUUUGGGGAGGCGUGUCUUCCCGUGUAUGCUACUCAGACUAGACCGGCUAAGAGACCGGUUAAGAGACUGACUCGCGGCUGCGACUCUCACCCACGGGAACCGGACUUCUCUGGACUUGAACCAGCGACUCGAACGCAGCAGGUGAUGAGAGCUGGGAGGCUUCAGCUGAAGGAGUGAUGAUGGAGGAGGAGGCCCGGCCUCUGCUGAGCUCGCAGCACGCUGCGGACUCUCGCCAAGCCUCUGCGGGAUCGCUGGACAUCAGGGCCAAAAGGCCUUUCUACGUAGAACCUCGGAACAUCGUGGACCACGACCCUCAGGAGAGGAUCUCUGCCGAAGCCGCCAUCCUUAACAGCAGACUGCACUACUACAGCCGGCUGACGGGCUCCUCUGACCCGCUGCUGAGCCCCCCCAACCAUGUGGUCCCACAGCCCGAGGAGAUCUACAUCUACAGUCCUCUUGGAAUCGCUUUCAAGAUCCCAGAGGGAGACCAGACUGCCAAGAACUCCAGCCUCAUUUCCAUCUUCGCCAUCUGGAACACGAUGAUGGGGACGUCCAUCCUCAGCAUACCGUGGGGCAUCAAACAGGCGGGCUUCACGCUGGGAGUCUUCAUCCUGGUGUUCACAGGUCUGCUCACUCUGUACUGCUGCUACAUCGUCCUCAAGUCACCAAAGACCAUCAAAAGUGUGGAUACCACAGAUUGGGAGUUUCCGGAUGUUUGCCGGCACUACUUUGGAAAGUUUGGUCAGUGGUCCAGCCUCUUCUUCUCCCUGGUGUCUCUCAUUGGAGCCAUGGUGGUUUACUGGGUCCUCAUGUCCAACUUCUUGUUCAACACGGGGCAGUUCAUCUACAAUCAGGCUCACAACAUCAACACAUCAGAUUCUCAUUUUGGAACCAACGGUUCAGAUCAAGUCAUCUGUCCGUACCCGGUCAUCCAUCCCGACGGGGACAGCUGCGGCGGCGGCCAUGCUGGAAAUGACACUUCCUUUGAGCGCCUCUGGAGUAAAACGAACACUGUCCCGCUCUACCUCAUCGUUUUGCUCCUCCCACUGCUCUGCUUCCGCUCCGCCUCCUUCUUCGCCCGCUUCACCUUCCUGGGGACCAUUUCUGUCAUCUACCUGAUCGUUCUGGUCACCAUCAAAGCCGCUCGCCUCGGCUUUCACCUGGAGUUCCACUGGUUUGAACCCACUCACUUCUAUGUUCCAGAGUUCAGGGUGCUCUUCCCUCAGCUGACCGGGGUCCUCACUCUGGCCUUCUUCAUCCACAACUGCAUCAUCACACUGAUGAAGAACAACAAGCACCAGGAGAACAACGUCCGGGACCUGUCUGUGGCCUAUCUCCUGGUGGGGCUGACGUACCUCUAUGUGGGGGUGUUGAUUUUUGGCUCCUUUCCUGCACCGCCUCUCAUCAAAGACUGCAUCCAGCCAAACUUCCUGGAUAACUUUCCCAGCAAUGAUGUUCUGGUCUUCGUGGCUCGGGUCUGCCUGCUGUUCCAGAUGGUCACGGUCUAUCCCAUGCUGGGGUACCUGGUGAGGGUUCAGGUCAUGGGUCAGCUCUUUGGAAACCAUUACCCCAGCUUCUUCCACGUUCUGUUUCUGAACAUCCUCAUUGUUGGGGUGGGCGUUCUCAUGGCCAAGUUCUAUCCCAACAUUGGAUCCAUUAUCCGGUUCUCCGGAGCCAUCUGCGGUCUGGCUCUGGUCUUCGUGUUUCCUGCUCUGGUCCACAUGAUCCCCCUGAAGCGGGAGGGCCGGCUCACCUGGCUGUCCGCCGCCCUCCACAGCUUCCUGAUUCUGAUGGGCGUGGCCAAUGUGAUUGCUCAGUUCUUGAUGUGAAAGGACGACCCCCCUCCCCCCUCAUUAGAGUUAUGAACUCAGUUACUUUGAGGAUGAAGUCAUUUAGAAGCUUGAUUUAUAUUUACGUCUGUCUGUCUGUCUUUACACACUGAAUGAAGAAAUGUGGGCCGUGCACAGUUCACGUGCACAUCACUGCAGGGGAUUGGUGUGACCUAACAGGAAGGGGCGGGACUCUGAGGAAACGUCUCCACUGAGAGGUUCCAGUUUGUCAUCUGUCCUGCAGGAACGUUCUGAGUUCUGUUCACGCCUGAGAAUCCUUUUAAAAUGAUCCAUUUGUGUUUUCAAGUCAGAUCUUCUGUUUGUUUGAGGUCCGUUCAUCAAAUGAACUUUGUCCAACCAGUUUUAUGUUAGGAUUGAAAAAAGGGAAUUUUGUGAAAAAAAUAAUAAAAAGUUUGACUUUCAGUGA